GCGCCCGGAGCCGUGAGUGGGGCGGCGCCGCCUCUCCUCCGCUCACGCCGGGCUGCUCGCCAGCCAUGCCCUGACCUCCCGCGCCAUGGGGCCGGACUUGGGCUGGGCCGCGCUGGUGCUGCUCUUCGCCGCCUCGCUGCUCACCGUGGCCGCCUGGCUGCUGCAGUACUGGCGGUCCGCGGCCCUGCGUGUGCCGCGGCGGCGCGGGGCGGCGGCGGAGGAGGCCGGGGCCCGGGCGCUGCUCGUCGCGCUGCUCGCCCUUCGGUCCCUGCGGGAGCAGUGGCAGCGGGCCUGGGUGCGAGCCCUCAACAGCCAGGCACGCCGGCACGGGAGUUCAGUGCAGAUCACAUUUGAAGAGGGUCCUCAGUUACCACCAACCGCAAAUAUAAGUUGUGUGACGUGCAAGGGCCAGUUAGACCACAGCAUGGUGCUGUGCUGCCAUCUGUCAGCUGAAGCUGUGAAAUUCCCUGUCUCUGUUACUCAGCAGUCCCCAGUUGCUGUUUCUGUGGACACCUAUCAUGUCACUUUGGCUGUGAUGCAGGCUCAGGUGGAGAUCCACUUGGAGGAGAGAGAGAAUGAGGGUCUCCUGGUGUCAUGGACAUUCAAGGACAAACCAGACUUGGACCUUUUGGUUCUUCCAAGACUUCAGCUUCCUGAGAAGGAUGAAGGGAGAGUGGAUCUGUCCACGAUAAGGGAUCUGAUCGAGGAUACCAUUGUCAGCACACAACCAGCCAUGACCGUGAACCUGAUGGCUUGCACCGCUGGAGCCAGUGCGGUACCCAGCAAUAAGUUGACUCGAGAGUCCCCGUCCGGAGUAGCAGCAGCCCCUCUGGGUUCUAAGCUGUUGCUCCGGAAUCUUCGAGUGCUGAACUUGGGCUGCCAGGGGAAGGGAGGAGUUGGGGAGAUAUGCUGUGUAGCAGAGCUAGACAGCCCCCCGCAGCAGAAGUGGACAAGGCCGAUGACAGCUGGCAGUGCCAGUGCUGCAGGAGAGAUGGAGUGGAACGAGGAGCUCUUUCUGGAGUUGGGGCCUAAAAGCAAAGAGCUGAAACUACAGGUGCUGGGGAAUAGCAACGGAGUGGGAAAUGUGCUGCUGGCAUAUGCCACACUUUUGAUUGAUUCUUUGGGCAAACGACCAUCUGGAAGACACGUCUGCUCACUGGCCCCAGGAGCUGGGCAGUCACUGACAGCUGAAGCUACCAUUACACUGGAGCUGCUAUUCCAGGAGUCUCCCACCUCUUUGAAUGCUCAGCACACUGCGUCUCUGCGAACCAGCAUCACCCCUACUAAGAAGGUGGAGAUGGACCGGACCAUCAUGCCCGAUGGCACCAUUGUGACUACUGUCACCACGAUUCAGUCCCGGCCCAAGGCAGACUGCAAACUGGAUUCACCAUCGAGGUCGCCUUCUAAGGUGGAAGUGACUGAAAAGAAGACAACUGUGCUUUUGGAGACUGGCUGUCCUCCUGGCCCCUUGCCCAGCAAUAGCCGGGAUGGCCAUAUGCCCAAUGGUUUGGAUCCAGUGGCCGAGACGGCGAUCAGGCAGCUAACUGAGACAAAUAACAAGACUACCAAGAAGACACCAACAAAACGUAGCACACUGAUCAUCUCAGGAGUUUCCAAGGUACCUAUUGCUCAAGAUGAAAUGGCACUUUCUCUGGGUUAUGCUGCAUCCCUGGAAGCCACAGCAUUUGGAGACUCUGCAGCAGAGGGCACAGCUGACCAGAUGCAUGAUUAUACCGAAUCGUCACAGCCGCUGGAAGCGUCACUGUUGGGACAACGGGCCAGUCAGGAGCUGGAUGAGACAACGCGAUCAGACAUCUCUGAAAGACCAUCAGUGGAAGAUGUUGAGUCUGAAACUGGCUCCACAGGAGCCCUUGAGACCAGGAGCUUGAAAGAUCACAAAGUUGGCUUUCUUCGGAGUGGUACCAAGCUCAUCUUCCGGAGAAGGAGCAAGCAGAAGGAAGUGGGCCUGAGCCAGUCACAUGACGACUUGUCUAAUGUAACUGCCAACUCUGUCACCAGGAAGAAAGCUGGUAGCUUUUCUCAUCGCCUCAUCAAGCGCUUCUCCUUCAGGUCUAAAUCCAAACCCAAAGGUAGUGACAGCACAUCAGCUGUAGAGAACUGAAGGAGGAAGAAACCCAUUGGAAAGAUUUCUCAGAGAUCGUUUUAUAGUCUCUUGUCUUCCCACUCCAUGGUAUCUGUGACCUGCAGUCCAGUUCUUUCCAACCUUGGCUGAGGGAAGACACCUCAGUGCUUUACACCAUCUGGGGAGUGGAGGUGGCAAACCUGGGACUUAGGCUGCUUGUCUGCCUUGGCUUAGCCUUCUCUGAUUGUUGUACCCCACUGUGCUCUCCCAGAAAAUCCAGGUGUCAUGCUAAUCCCCCUGGGGGUCCCAGGAGCUGCAGAAGUGACUGCACCUGUAUAGCCAUCUGGCAUCAUGGUGCCUCUUGGAAAUGGGAGGCAGGUCUCUCAAGUGGCAACCUUCAGAGCUGCAGAUCAAGAAACUACUGGGUGAGCUACAUGACUGAGAAGUGUGGGAUGUAGCCUCGCUCAGCUCUUUUAGCGAGAGAGAAUGAUGCAGUUGAUGAUGAUCUAAACGCUCUUAUUGCUUGUCCUUGGUGCAGAGGCUGUAACCUGAGGUGUGCUGGGGGCCAUGCAUUCCUGGGCUGUGAGCUGGCAGGAGAACAAGCUGCGGUUCUCCAUGUGGGAACUGUCCUUGGAACAACCAGUUUGGACAGCACUGAGAGACCCCUGCUUUCUGUGCUAUGCUGGUGAAGGAAGGAGUCUCUAAGAAGAAGGAAGUUUAAACCACUGCACAAGUUCUUUGGCCCUUGCAAGAAUGCCUGGUCAGUGCCGUCAGUUCUGCCACCCUGUGCAUUCACCCUGUGAUGCAGCCCUCCUUCCACAGCCCUGUUGUUGAACGGCGAAGGGGCCGUGCUGCAUGUAUGCACCAGCUGUCCCAUGAGCAGAUCCCUUACCCUUGGGGGUGGUUGGGGAUGCUGCCGAAGGGGUGCCAGCCUGUCUUCUGGACCUGUGGAGGGCCCAGCCUCGUGCACUCUCGUGGUUUUCAUGCCGAGGACUGGCACCAUGCUUGGAAUGGAUGGCAAGGAACAUGGCAAGGAAUGUGGUGAAAGGGCAGUCUAAUGGGGAGCCUGAAAACACAUAGUAAAAAGAGACAAGAGUUUACGUUUUCACUGAUGAAAGAGUUUCCUGUAACAGAAGGAACCUUUCUUGAUUUCCUUUCUUCUAGCAAACCUAAUCCACUGCUUUCAAACAGAGGGGGCAUUUCUGCAGUGGUGUUUGCAGAGAGAGGGGCAUGCAGGGGAAAAUCGACUCCUUUUGUGGGAGAAGACUGCCCUUCUAGAUGAGCGGUUGACUGGUCUCCUGACCCGUGCACAUUGUGAAUAUAAUGUCCCCAGAGGCUCCCUUUGAAGAGCAUAACAAUGCUCUUUGGAGAAACACCCAUGCCACUGUCAGCAUGCCUAGUUUCAGUGGAAGCUCCUGUUCUCCUGUGGCUUAUAAGGUUAAGGAAGUGGAACAGAGGGGUGGAAACGACUCACGGAAGAACUGUUGCCUAGACCUGACUCCAUUCGCCAGCUCUGCUCCCCUGUUUCAGUACCUCCUGAGGUGAUGGCUAUUGCCCUGCCUAAGGCAGGAUGCUACCAACUGAAAAAACAGUUCUCUUGAUGGCGUGCAUAAAAUGGGUUGUCUUCUUUGGAAGAACAAAUCCUUACUUAUACUGCUGCUGUGUGCCAUUUCCAAAGACUGGAACGUCUCUGGAUAUUGCACUGCAAAAGAAUUUACAGGCGGGAGCCUCAGGGUAUCUCUUGAGUAUUUGUGCCGAUAGGGAAGGCCAGAGUCACCUAGGGAC